AUGGUCAAUAUCCUGCCGGUCCUCCUGCUGUGCCUCCUCCACCAGGUCCAAGGCCAAACCCACAACACCACCACUACAACCAACGCAACAACUCCAGCACCCGAGGAGACCUUCGAGUACCUCGUGAAGUUCGUCUUCGGCCUCGAAACCGAGAAAAUCCCCGGCUACCUGCUGGACACCAUCUUCAACGGCUCCGCCAACACCACCACCGAGGACAUGAUCGCUUUAUACGGCCUGCAGAACGUGAAUUUAUCUGCAACCGUGGAGGUUUUGGAGCGGUUGCGCUACGACACCUCCAGGAUAUUCAGCAUCGACGGUCUAUCGGUGUACCUCUCGCAGUUCCGCGUGGGGUUCAAGGACUUCUACAACUCGGUGUUGAUGGGGAACCUGGGGAUCACCGGGUUACCUUUGAGGAACUUCCUGGUGGCGUUCGGCGUGAGAACCGGGGAUUUCUCGGACGCCAUGACCUUCGGUGAGCCAGAUCCUUGGGAGGUUUUCAAGAGGGGCACCUUCAACGAAACCACUCUGGAGAUGGCGUUGGGGGCCAUCAACAGGACCAGAAACGAGCUGUUCGAAGCCUGCAGGGACCACGCCUUGGACAUCGUGAGGUCCAAAAGCAGGCGGGAGUUUCUGGAGAUACUGAAGUCGCACAAUUUCGAUCGAGUCGAGGCGAAGAAUCUCUGGGACAUCAUGGAGUUGGACGUGGAGAACGUGGAGAACGUCACCGCUUUUAAAGACCUACUGGACAACAUCAAACUAACGCUGGAAAAUUCUACUUUCCUGGGAGUUUUAACCGGCAAACGGGUGGCUGUAAACAAAGAUGUCUACUCGAGCAUCAAAGAGGAGUUGGAGUUGUCCAAAAUGUACGCCCAAUCGCCCUACGACAACACCACCGUCGAAGUCACCAUCGAUAAACCCCACUACAAAGACAUAGUGACUUUCAGCUUGGAGGAAGAUAAUUUCACCACGUUCAUCGAGGCGGCUACGAGCGAUAGAAAUCUGGAUAACUGCGUUUUUGUGACUCUGGAAAACGAGGCGGUGGUUCACAGACAGGUCGAGUCGGCUGUGAAGGAGGAGGAUGGGUUCGAGGUGGAGGCGGGAGAUUUGAAUAUCACGGAUUUGAUGCCAGGCAGUCCGUUGGUUUGUGGUAAUAAAGUGUACGGUUUGGCGAAGGAAAUCGAUGAUGAUCGAGUGAUUUUCGAUGGGUUCGGAAUCGAUUCGGGAUCGAUGAUGGCCGUGCUCAAUCCGGUUUUGGUUUUGGUGUGUUUGAUGGUUUAUUUGCAAUAG